CUUUGUGCCGGGCGCGGGAGCGGCGGCGGGGAUGUGUCUGGCGGCGCUGGCACGGCCCCAAAUCUCGGCUCCGGACUGCAGCUCCCCGGUGGCUCUUCAGUGACCAGGAAGGGUCGAGAACCUGCUGGUGGCCUGGGACAGGAGGGACAGGACGGUGACAGGGAGAAGGUACAGGGAUCCGGGGAGCAGCUGGAGUGGAGACGUGGCCAUUGUUUGCCCCAGCACGGGGCUGUCAGAGCCUUGGGGACACAUCCAGCACCAUCCUGACUGUGCCAGUACCCCGUGAGGAGCCAGUGACACCACCAUGUCCCAGGCAGGAGGAGCCGAGGAGACCUUUGAACACCGUGAUGUGGUCAUCAACACCCAGGACAAGGUCUCGGAUGUGUACACGCAGCUGGAGAAGCUGGGAGAGGGGAAGUUCGGGAAGGUGUACCGGCUGCGGGAAAAAGCCUCCGGCAAAAUCCGUGCUGGGAAGUAUUUCCGGACACGGACGGGCAAGGAGAGGGCGGCGGCCCGGGCAGAGGUGGAGCUGAUGAACCUGCUGCAGCACCCCCGCCUGGUGCAGUGCCUCGCUGCCUUCCAGGGCCCCACGGAGCUCGUCAUGGUGAUGGAGUACGUGGCAGGGGGGGAGCUCUUUGAGCGCAUUGUGGAUGACGACUUUGAGCACACGGAGCCCAGCAGUGCCCAGUACGUGAGGCAGAUCCUGGAGGGGCUGCAGUUCAUGCACGGCCAGGCCAUCGUCCACCUCGACCUCAAACCUGAGAACAUCGUCUGCGUCAGCCCCGACAACCACUGCGUCAAGAUCAUCGACUUCGGCCUGGCACGGAAGCUGGCUCCAGACACCCCCGUGAAGGUGUUACACGGCACCCCUGAGUUCAUGGCCCCAGAAGUGGUGGCCUUCGAGCCCGUGAGCUUCUCCACAGACAUGUGGAGUGUUGGUGUCAUCUGCUACAUCCUGCUGAGCGGGGAGUCCCCCUUCCAGGGGGACACGGACAUGGAGACGCUGAGCAACAUCACAGCUGCCCGGUGGGACUUUGAGGAGGAGACCUUCUCCGAGAUCUCCCCCCAGGCCAAGGACUUCAUCAGCCAGCUGCUGCAGAAGGACCCCCGCCACCGGCUCCCCAGUGCAGGGGCUCUGCUGCACCCCUGGCUGCAGCACCCCCAGCCCAGCAGCCCCAAGGCGCUGUCCAAGGACAGGAUCAGGCAGUUCCUGACGCGGCGCAAGUGGCAGAAAACAGGGAAAGCCCUGCUGGCCCUCAACAGGCUGACCCUGCUGUCCCAGAGCCUGGAGAGGAAGGCAUCAGAGGCUCAGGAUGAGGAAGGCCGGGGCUGCAGCCCAGAAGAGGAACAACCCUCCAGGGCUCUGCCCACACAGGGUCCUGGUUCCUCAGAGCUGCUGACAGAGCAAGAGGAGGAGGAUGGUGGGAGCACUGCAGCCCCAGGGGAGGCAGAGAGCAGUGACAGCGAGGCUGUGUCACCCCCUUCCUGGAGCACCUAGAGCAGAGGAGGAGAGAGGAGCAGGGAGGUGGUGACCCC